AUGAACUCCUCGCUCUCACUCAAAGGACUCCUCGUCCACUCUCUCCUGCUCCUCACGCCCGCCCUCACACUCGCCCAAUCACCCCUCUCAUCGUGCCUCACCGACGCCGGAGUCCGCAACAUAAUCGACACAGACACCACCUGGUCAACAGAGACAACACCAUGGCAGCUCCGUCUCAAACCAGAAGUCGACCCCGCAGCAAUGGCCUACCCCACCGAUAAAGCACAACUGGCCUCCUCGCUCGCCUGCGCCAGAAACGCAUCAACCAAGGUCUCCUGUCUAGCAGGAGACCACUCCUUCGUCGCCUUCGGGUUCGGCAAGCCCGGAAACCUAGUCAUCAACAUGGCAGCAUUCAACUCGGUAUCCUUCGACGCCAAGACCAACCUGUAUACCAUGGGUGGCGGUACUCGCGUCGGACCAGCACUGAAAGAACUAUGGGACAGUCAAGGACGGCACUUCCCUCACGUGCGUCACGGCCGCGUCGGUAUAGCCGGGUCCUGCAUCGGCGGUGGUUAUGGAAGCACGUCUCGCUUUCUCGGCACACCAAUGGAUUUCCUCCAUAGCGUCGAGUACAUGCUGUACAACGGCUCCGUCGUCACCGCAGCCGCUGGUUCCGACCUCCUCUUUGCUGCUCAGGGCGCGGGAUCCUCGUACGGAGUCCUCACCUCGCUUACGACCAAAACAUGGAAACCAACAUACACCAACGCAGUCAACUACACGCUCUCCUUCGGGAACAUCCCCAUCACAGACGCCGUCCAAGCAUUCCUCGCAUCGCAAGAAUUCGCCUUGAAUGAAGCGCCUGAUGAGUUAGCGCUGCGCUGGGGACUUAGCAUGCCAUUCAGCGCAACGGGAUACUACUACGGCAACCCCGCUGAUUUCGACUCCAUCAUGAAACCACUGAUGGAUCGCUUCACCGUCAAUGCCACGCUGCAGAAAUCCGAGUUCGACUUCUGGACUAUGGAGACCUUCGUAGCUAACGGCGCGAACCUUCCAAAUGGAGGACCUGAGUCCCCAGGCCGCUCGUUCUACGUCCAGAGUUUGACAACCACGACUGACGCACCGCUGACUGCUCCGCUUGUGCAGACGCUGUUCCAGCGUGUCAUUUCGGAUUUCAAUCGUACUGAUCUCCGACGCUCGGGUCUGAUUGAUCUGUGGGGUGGUGUAUCUCGGGAUGUCGCCGAUGCGGAUACGUCGUAUGCGCAUGGUAACAAUCUGUGGUUGAUUCGUUUCGACACGAAUCUACCUGUUGCGACGAAUGCGUACCCCGCUGAUGGUGUGGCGUAUGCGCAGAGUAUCAUGAAGCCGUUUGAGGAGGCGCUUGUGGCUGCUGAUAUUCCUCUUAGGGGGUUUGCGAAUUAUCGCGAUGGGGCGUUGAGUGAGGCGGAGUGGAGUGAGAGGUUGUAUGGAGAGCAGAAUUAUAGGAGGUUGAAGGAGAUCAAGAAGUUAUAUGAUCCGGAGGGGAUGUUUACUUCGAAUAAGCAGAGUAUUGCUUAA